GAUUUUGGGGGAGCGGAGCUGCCCCACGCCGGGGCAUGAGACCGGGCAGCUCAUCACACAGGUCCGGCCCUUCUGCAGCUUUCGCGAUGCUGCCGGGGAAAGCAGAGAAGAGGAUCGCUUCGUCCAUCUUCAUCACCCUGGUGCCGCCACAGAGGGAGGCAGCCACCAAGGAGAAAACCCAAAGGGAGACGCGGCCGGACAGUGCAGAGGUCCCGGGCACCCGUCACCCCCAGACCCGACCGCUGCAGCCCCCUGCAUUGCUCAACGGAGGCACUUAUCGGCACUGUUUGUCCCCUCCGGCUGGGAUGGCGUUUGCUUUUGGGGCAGAAACCCGCCCAGCGGCCCCUGUGCCUUCGUCCCCGACGGUCCUCGUCCUCUCCGAAGCACCCCAGCCCUUGUCCGCGGAGGCGCUGGGUCCGGCACUGCAGCAACGGCACCUGGCGGCACCUGCCACCCUUCAGGCCCCUUCCGCCUUCCCUGCUGAAUUGAGGCCACCCAAAUUUUGCCAGGAGCAAGCAGGCAAGCCGCAGUGGCAGGAUGCGAAUGGGUACCCAGAGAGGGAUGGCUCCAGAGGUAAGGGGAGGACCCAGCUGUGCAGUGUGGGCUCACCCCCAGCUGGGAAAACCGAGGCACGCGGCACUGAACCCCGCAGCCCGCCCCCCCCCGCCUCCUCCCCCUGCCGGACCUGCCACCGCGGCUCCUGGGGCCAGCGCUACUACCAAAAAGAUGGGCGCCCCAUGUGCGACGCCUGCUACCAGGCCACGCUGGAGAAAUGCGCCAAGUGCCAGGGGCUGAUCGUGGAACGCAUUGUCCGUGCCCUGGGCAAGGGCUACCACCCCGGCUGCUUCUCCUGCGCCGCCUGCGGCCGGGCCAUCGGCGCCGAGAGCUUCGCCGUGGACGAGCAGAACGAGGUGUACUGCGUGGCUGACUUUUACAGGAAAUACGCCGUGGUUUGCAGCGCCUGCAAGCACCCCAUCGUCCCCCGCGAGGACAAGGACACCUACAAGAUCGAGUGCCUGGGACGCAGUUUCCACGAGAGCUGCUACUGCUGCGAGAGCUGCGGGACGCCCCUGUCGCCGGAGCCGACGGAGAACGGGUGCUACCCCCUAAACCACGCCCACCCCCGUCGAAAGUCCUGCCACGUCCGCCGGCGAAACGAGUCGUCCUGCUAA